AUGUUCGAGGCAAAGUUGGCUAGUGCCGUUGUGCUGAAAAAAAUCUUGGACGCGAUCAAAGACUUGCUGACCGAUGCGCCGUGGGACUGCAACGAAAGCGGCAUAUGUUUGCAGGCAAUGGAUUCGAGUCACGUUGCGUUAGUGUCGUUGAAGCUGCGAGCGGAAGGUUUCGAAGAGUAUCGUUGUGACCGCACUUUGUCUCUCGGUAUCAACUUAACGAACAUGUCGAAAAUCAUGAAGGCAGCUGGAAACGAUGACAGUGUGACGUUGAGGGCACAAGAAGACAGUGAUACCAUCAUGUUUAUUUUCGAAUCUCCAAAUCAAGAUAGACAUAGCCAGUACGAGAUUAAAUUGAUGGAUCUGGAUACGGAACAUCUUGGAAUUCCGGAGACGGAAUAUUCGUGCGUGAUCAAGAUGCCUAGCACUGAAUUUGCUCGCAUCUGCCGUGACCUGUCGCAAAUCGGCGAGAGUCUGAUGAUUACUUGUUCAAAGGGAAGCAUCGCUUUUUCCGCCAAGGGCGAUCUUGGAUCAGGAUCGGUUCGACUGAGUCAGGGAGCGUCGAUCGAAAAGGACGGAGAACCGGUGCACAUCGAUAUGCGGGAACCGUGCUGCGUCACUUUUGCCAUCAAAUAUCUGGCAAAUUUCGCAAAGGCAGCUCCGUUGGCUUCGGUUGUCCAGCUGUCCCUGUCGAACGACGUACCGAUUGUCGUCGAGUACGCCAUUGAAGACACUGGUUACAUAAGAUUCUAUUUGGCACCGAAAAUCGAGGACGAUGUGGAGAACCAGGAGUAA